UUGUACACCACGCACGGUUACAAUGUGGGCGUGCUCAUAGCUCUAGUUUCCACCAGCUAAAUAAACUACCAGUACAUAUGCAAGUCAGUUUUAUUCACAGAGGCACUGUUUGGAAACGCGGUGAGUCCUGUCGCUAGCUGCGGAAUUAAAUAACUGGAUACGUUGCUGGAUAGCUUAAAAGGGCGUUCUACUACGAUACAUUUACUGACUACAAAGGACACCACAUGGAAACUCACACCACCAGUGCUAAGGUGCUUCUCAACCAUGCUACGAUAUUGAAUCUGCACACGGGAAAUCUAGUAAACCGUAGCCGUCUCAAGAAAAAAUGUCCGUCUUCACCUAGUGAAGAGAUUCAAGACUGUGUUCGAGCCACACUUAGUGAGUGGUUUGCCACGAUACCACCACCAACUUUACCAAAGGACUUACCAGACACAAUUGACUGCUCCAUCCCUCAAGCUACAGAAGCAAUCACACCUGAGGAGAGGGAGGAGCUGAAGGUUUCAGUCAAACUAUUUCUUUGUGAGGCAGACAUCUCUUCAAUCAAAGAUGCAGUAGAUAAGGCUUGCCAGGCCCUGGCUGUGUCCCAGCUGGACUCUGUGAUCAUUGCGCCCCCUGCUCUGCCUGAGGGAGAGAGCCAGACCCUGGACAACCUGCAGCCUGCCUGGAGGGAGCUGGAGGGCCUGGUGCAGAGCCACAAGAUCGCUGCCAUCGGCACCUCCGACCUGGACAAGGAGCUCCUGGAGCAGCUCUACAACUGGGCCCAUGUGAAACCCAGUAGUAACCAGGUGAAUCUGGCCUCCUGCUGUGUGAUGCCCCCUGACUUGACUGCUUUUGCGAAGGAGUUUGACAUUCAGCUACUGACUCAUAAUGACCCCAAAGAACUGAUUACUGCUGCCAGCUUCCAGGAGGCAGUGCAGGAGAGCACUCAGGACCUGAAGGUAGCAGACUGGAGAUUGGAGUGGGUUUUGCGCUACUCCAUCAUAGUCAAAAGCAGGGGGAUCAUCAAAGCAAAGGGCUAUCUUGUUCACGCAAAGAGAAGCAGCCUGUAGCAUGUCCUCCAAAAACCAGUUCAGAUGUUAUUCAUGACCAAUGCAUUCAUAGUAGUGAAACCACUUACCCUUCUGCAUUGCAGUGGAGGCUGUGUUUUAAAGACAGACAUAGGUAGCUAAACAUUUAGAAAACAUGGUUCCAAAACCGAUUUCCGAAUGUGAAGUGCCUCUUUUUCUCAGUUUCUUUUCUCCCCGCAUCUACUUUAUUUCUGCUGUAUCAAUGAGCAUCAAGGAUUAUGGGGUAUUAUGAAAAAAGUAUGAAUUGGUACCACAAUUUUUAUUUUAGUACAAUGCAGUUGUACUAAAAAAAAAGCAGUUUAAAGUGGAAACACAGCCUCUAAUCCACUAUUUUCACAUUGUAAAUUGAUCUGAAAAUUAAUUUGAAAUGAGUCAUUUGGAUCUGUUAAAGCCACAGAGUCAUAUGUAAAGUCCUAGUGCUCUCUGAUGUGUAUGAGCAGCUCCUACUGUUUCUACUGUAUAAUACUAGCACCCUGUAUUGGUAAUGGGGGGGAAUAAGGCCUAAUUCCAAUCGAUUUCUGGUGAGUGAGAACAUUUAUGGAUAGUUCAGAAACUCCUUUUGAUUGAGUACACAUUUUAUUUUUAAAAACUAAAAAUCGAGUGAUACUUUAUUGAUGUUUGUAUUGUCAUGUCAAACAUUUUAAUAUAAUUUUUUAAGCCCUGUACUUACUGUCUGAGGGUGUACUAGGGGAGUGGUUCCCAAACUGUGGGGUGCGCCACCUAGGGUUAAAAUUAGUAGGCUUGACACCUUUUCUUGUGUACAUAAUAGCACUGAAAAAUUCCAGAUUGGCAUGGAAAAAUGAAUUACAAGCUCUGAAGUGUCUGGAUGGAUGAUGCCUUAUUCAUCAUGGCAUUUCUUCCAGACCGGGUCCAAAAAGUUUGAUUUCUCUCUUGUACUGUAAUUAAUAUUUAAUGUUGCCAUUUUCUGUAUAUCAUGUUCUGGAAUUGGGUUUAUGAAAUGAUUAAACAUACUUUAAGGGUUA